AUGUGAUCAUAACAAGAGUCAAAAUGGCGUUUUAGCUUAGCUAUCUUCCUGUUAUUACCCCCUUACCGUCCUACGUCGUAGUGAUUCACCUUGGCGUAGAACCGAUUUUAUUUAUAAUUUGUUCUUCUUGCCCCAGUUUCGUUUCAAGCAAACAAUUGUAGUGGAUGAACACUCUUAAACGCUAAUAUGUCAAUGAGAGACGUAAAAAUUUGUCUCUUAGGGGUAAGAAACACUGUUUAAGAAAAGUGAAAGUGAAACUCCGUUGAGUUACAGUACAUACACACACAUCGUCAAUUAAUUCAACUUAAUUCAGUUAUACUUACAGUUAUUAAAACAAGAUAUUAAACCUUAAGACCUUUGCCUUUUGAUUACAGGGUAAAACUAAAAUAUUAUUUUAAAAGAUUAAAUCUAUAAAUUGCUUCUGCCACUCUUCACUUCACUCCAAGUCUUAAAGUUACGUCUAAGGCAAUGCUAUGCUCUGAAGCAUGUCCCAAAUGCCAAAGAGUAUUCUUUUUGUUAGAGAGUGCAAGGUGGCCGGAUAAUUGAUGAUGUUAUUGUUUACAUGUACAAUUCCGAAUGAAUGGCGUCUUGCAGACUAAUAAUUGCUUGUUGUAAUAUAUAAAAUAAACAAUGCCAUGGCAUGGCCAGUAGACUACAAGCACUGGUUCAGUUUGCAAAUAAUAUUUUGCCAGGAAACAUUCCGUAAACUUAUGACAUAGCCCCGAAGGCACUGUAUGACAGCAUGUUUUGGUUAGAGUGGCUUUCUGAACACUGUCUCAUUAUCAUACAUGUCAACGUCCCAUAUCUUUAGUCCGACAAGAAGAGUCAACCUGAUGGUUACCCAUGGAAAUGCCAUCCGCUCAAUACGACAUGCAGUAUACGCACAGGGUCAUUUUUUUGCAAACUGGGAUUAGCACACAGAACAUGAUCAAAUUGAUAUUCUAUUCGGUUUACAAAGUGAAAUGCAAGCAUGUUAUGCUUUUUGACAGCAUUAAAUGUAAGGACACCAUUGAAAACUACAUAAACGUUUACCGAAUUGGGUGUCCAAAUUGGUUUCAAGUUCAACAAGGUGGAAUACCAUGGCCGGUUUCCAAGCUACUUGUGUACUUUCCAAUAGCUCUUUAGCAACAAAGAACACAAUUUCUGAUAGUACCGGUGCUUGAAGUUGUUGAGUCACAAUUAUCACAUUUGACCAUCAACUUGGUAAAACAUUGAACUGCCAAAGUAACUGCUCAUUCGAUGCGUUUUCUAGUGAUUGGAAUUGGGGACAAGCGUUUAGAGGAGUAGGCCUAACUAACUACUAUCAACUUGACUCAGUUAUUAAUCAUUACCAUUAAGAUACUACUCUGACUGAGAGUAAUUUAGUUAAGACUUAAUUAAAUUAAAAGUGAGAUGUCCAUAGUGAAAAAACAUUUUAAAAUUACUCAAGUUUAUCUAUUUUAAUCUGAAGGAAAAAUAAAAUGCAAGAAAUCGAGUCGAAAUUUUUUUUUUUUUUUACAUGUCUCCAUGUCCAUAUGAAUAUAAAAACAGUGUCAGUGGUACACCAUCCAAGUGUGUGUCCUAUCCUCCAUACUUUAAGCCAUUUAUCAAAGUUGGAAAAGAGUGUUUUUGUACAUGUCUUUCCUUUUUUCUGAAUAUCUCUCUAACCCUUAUUCUUGUGGUUUACUUUACUGGAGCAACAAACAAAAAAAAAACAAAAAAAACUGGAGAAAUGAGUUGUGAACCCAACCCAUUUAAAAAUGUCAGACCCCACAAACCUGCUUGAAACAUUUGACUUUAAGCUCUGCUAGAAAUAUUUAUCUACAUGCACUGCUUGAAACAUUUGACUAAAAGCUUUGAUUCUUUAAUCCUCAACUCAAUUAAAAAUUGUAAAAAUAAUUUCUAUAGGUUUUUUAAAAAAAUUAUUAUUAUUGCAUCAGGAAUCUGGUGUUGGAAAAUCAAGUAUUGUAAUGAGAUUUGUUGCUGACAAAUUCAAGAAUGCCCUGGAGAGCACAAUAGGGUAAUUACUCAUUAGCCAUUGGAUUUUGUAUUUUGUUUUUAAAGAUGUCUCGUGAAAACUCUGAAUUAAAUGAAUUAUUCACAAGUUACAUAUUUGCUUUUAGGGGUAUAAAUACAUCUAAAUUUAGUAUGCGACAUUUGUAUAUCUGAAGUCAUUUAAAAUUGUUGAUGGAUAAUUAACUUAAAAGGAAACUCUCAUGCAACAUCUAAAGGUGUGAUUAAGAGCAGAAUGUGCAUGUGCAGUAAUUAUAAGAUUUCAUGGCAAUGCUUAAACAAAUUACUGGUGGAACAAGAUAUGUUCUCUAAUUUCAAAUCAUUUGUUAUUUCUUGUUGUGUAUUGUCUGCUGAAAAAGGCAUUAAGUUGAAAAGUCUGUUUAAUUGUCCUGUCUUUUUCUAGCCUAAAUAAAUCUUUUUCCACAAUUUAUUAUUUUCACACCGCUUGAACACAGUCCUCAAUUUGUCACUCUGCAUACACAGCUAUUCGUCAGAUCAGCUCAAUCCGCCACUACCUCACAGUUAGCGCAACAAAAACCCUAGUCUGUGCUCUAGUUCUCUCUCGUCUUGAAUAUUUUAUUUCUUUUCUAUCAGGUUCACCAAAGCACUUCAUAGAAAAAUUACAAAAGGUUCAAUACUCAGCUGCUAGGCUAAAUCUAAAGGCAAAAAAAAAACGUGAUCAUGUCACACCACUACUUCAUUCACUUCAUGGGCUCCCUUUACAAGCAAGGAUUGACUACAAAUUCUCUGUUCUCUGCCACAACUUUUUCUCGAAUUCCUCCCCUUGCUAUAUUAACAUGUCAAUAGUUCUUGAAUGUGUGAAGUGAAUAUACAUUUGUUUUGUUUUAUUUAAUUAAUGUAUGUUAAUUUUUUUAGUUCAAGAUUAUGUUUGCUAAAUUGUAUGUACAGCGUGGUGAGCCCACCACCACUAAUAAUAAUAAUAAUAUUUAUUAUAUGCUCAGCUAAAGAUUUAUGUUGUGAGCAAUAUCUUGUUUAUUAGCUUGGCCACUUCUAGGCUUUGUAAAUGCAUAUUUUGCUCUUUUCAACAAAGAGGAAUGUGAAAGGGGUGGGGUCUGCAACAUAGCUAAUGAGAAAGACAUUCCUUCUUUUGCUACCUUACCUAAAAAUAUAUAUUUUUUGUUCUACAGAGCUUCAUUUAUGACUAAAACAAUAUUUUUAGAUGAUAGUACUUACAAAUUUCAGAUAUGGGACACGGCUGGACAAGAAAAGGUAAGUUAACUACUUAUAAAAUACAUAAAUAGUAAUGGUAAGAUGACAGGCAGGAACACAAUUUCCAAAUGUUUGUUUACCAUCAGUUUCAUAAGUAUAUGGUAAUAAAGAUUUUGAGUUUGAAUUGACCCAAUAGUUCAUCAAAGUUUUCUGUUAUUUCUGUUGAAUCAACUAAUGAAUCCAUUAAUAACAUUUAUUCAAAAUUAGUAUUUUCAACACCACCCCCACCCUAAAAUCAUCACAAAUUUGUUACUAAAAUUAGACACCCUCAUUCUCAUCACAUAUCAUAAAUAUGUGACCCCUCUUGCCCUAGAUGCAUGAUAUCUUUAAUGGACAGCCCAUUAUGCUAAAAUCAGGGAAUCUUUGAUUAAAAUAAUAAUAAUAAUAAUAAGACGUCUUAUAUAGCACGGUACCCCAGCCUAGGGCUGGGCUCACCGCGUUGUACAUAAAAAUCUUUAUCAAAAGAGACAUAAUCAUGACAUUAAAAUAAAAUACAUUUAUGAAAUAAAGAACAGCAAUGUAUAUUCACCCACCCCACCACAUAACGUUUACAAGGCAAACCAUGGACGGCAGCCAGCAAGAUAAAAUAUGAUUAUAUGAAAUAAGAUAACUUUGAUUUUCAUCUCCUUGAAUUUCACCUCCUCUUUUUCUGUGGCUGUUAUAAAUUAUUUGAUUUUCCCUUUUUCCUUACCACAAAUCGUUGGACUUAAUUGAAUUUAGCAUUUUAAACUUUUCUUGCAGUACCGCGCUCUAGCGCCAAUGUACUACAGAGGGUCUGCUGCAGCCAUUAUAGUUUACGAUGUAACAAGAGAGGUUUGUAAGAAUCUCUUUCUUUCAAUUUUUAUUUCUUUCUAAAACUUUGAAGGUCUUAAGCAAUGAAAUAAUAAUUUAUGUUUUCAAAAAUGUUUAAAAAAAAAAAAUUUAAAUCUCUAGCAAAUUUUCUGCUAGAUUUUUAACAAUAUUUUAAAUUACUCUGGCAAGUUCUCCAAGAGAUGCUGUUGAGCUCUCACAUUAUAAGCUAUUUAAUUAUAUCAGACCAAUACAAUAAAUCAAUCUGUAUGUGAGUGUUUGACAUCAAAAUAUUUUUUUUUAUAUCUAGUUUUGUUUUAGUCUUGAUUUACUGUCAGAUUUUACAAAGUUUUCAAAUACUGUUUAUGACCAGGAUAAUUCAAAUACAGAAGAGCUGUUCAACUAUUGAGGCAUUAAAAAACUGUGAAGAAUAAAUAGAGCAGGUUAUAUGUAUUAAUAUGUAUUACUCUUUGUUUAAAAGCAAGUUAGUAAUAAAUAAACUUAGUUUUAUUUGUUAGAAGAAAAAAAAAUGUUGUAAGGUCCAGGUGAUGUUUUGAAUGAUAAAUUAAAAGAAAAUUUAAUCCGCAGACAUCUUUCCAUGCAGUGAAAGGCUGGGUGCAUGAACUCCAGAGACAUGGGCCUUCAAAGAUUGUCAUAGCCAUUGCAGGGAAUAAGUGUGACCUGGAGGACUUGAGGGAAGUUAGAGAAAAAGGUAACACAUGGAACUGUCUUACUUACACGCCAACAAAUAGAAGCAAACAUCUCAUUUACAGGCAUUGUCUGUAAUUAUGUCUCGUAUCAGAGGCCAUGACAGCACACUACUUAGGCAUGUUCUCCUGCCCCCGACCCCCCCCCCCCCCCCCCCACCAAAGUCAAAAAAAAAUUGUAACACAAAUUAGACCCUUUUAUCACACAUCAUCACAAAUUCAUGCCCCCCCCCCUUCCCCCAAUCCCUGACACAUGAUAUACUUUAUACUUACUUAUGCCUUUUACCCGAUCUGAGGCAUAAGCCGUCUACAGGAAUUUUCCAUUCAUCACAAUCCUGUGAUUUCCUUUCCAGGUGUAUCCAAUACUUUGUGUAUCUGCCUCUAGCUCGCAUCUCCAUGUAUUCUUAAGCCUUCCUCUCUUUCUUUUUCCCUGUGGAGACAUCGUUUAUGGAUGGCCAUUAAAAGUAAUUGCAAGCUGCGGGUCAAAAAAAAAAUUACUGUGGGAUUUAAAUGAAAAACUGCCAUAAAAUAAUUUGUUAAAUUUUUUUUUUCUAAAUCUCUGAAUCUUAACAUGAAUUUGUUUCUUUGAUGUCUUCUGGACAAAAGGAUUUCAUUCUGAGUGCAGCAGCAAUGUCAUUGUUCUUUUUAAAUUAACACAUGAAAGAUUUCACCAGCAGCUAGAAAAGUUUGUUGGUUUUUUUAAAUAUAUUUUCAUUUUGUCAAUACUGCCUCUACAAAUCAUGAGAUCACAGUUUGUAUUGUGUAAUCUUCCUAACAAUAGAGGAUCUUGAUGUUUUUAAUCUUUUAUCUACUUACCAUGCUCAUCUCUACCCUGAUUAAAUUAAUUCAUUUGGUAAUGGAGUUGGUAAAUUUCAUCUCUUAUCACAGAUGCUCAAGAAUAUGCUCGGGACAUUGGUGCCAUUUUCUGUGAGACCAGUGCAAUGACAGCUGUAAAUAUAGCUGAGCUGUUUGAUGCUAUUGGUAAGUCACGGCUAUUAAAUAUAGCUGAGCUAUGGGAUACCUAUUGGUGACAGCUGUAAAUAUAACUGAGCUGUUUGAUGUUAUUGGUCCAUCUGCGCAAGCGGAGCAUCUCCGAGGAAACUUGGGGGCGUCCACAUGUGUUUUGCCUCUUCGUGGCGUGGUGGACUAGUAGGGAGGUCCUGUUCUCCCGAAGCUAAAAAAACCUCGGCCGACCACAGAUUCCCAACGCAACGGGAGUAGUAACGUCGUAACAUGAUUACUUGUUGCCGUUAAUGGUUAUGAGGCUUGGGUGGCAGUUAAAACCCUUGCUGAUGAUUUUAGCUACAUGGCCGUGAGAAAGCUACUCCUAGGCAACUGUUUCGUCCCAGCUUAUCGUCCCAACCGAAAGGCUCUGUGGGGGGUGGCAACGCAACGCCAUUCCUCCGGAGGCGAAGCAAACCCACCCACGGCAAAGUCGGCUGCGAACGCUUUAAACACAGCGUUUUCUGUCGACCCGAUGUCCCCCAGGUUUGGUUAGAAAAAAUUCAAACAAUGCCACGUAGCUGAGCAAAAGGUGUGAGGGAAAAAGGCAGGAAAUAAACUUAAGGAAUUAAAAAUUAUUAAUGCAUUUAUACAUGUUUUUAAAAUAAUAUUCUUUUCUCCAGCCCGUCUCUUACCCCCUGAGGACAUGAUUGGCAGCACAGGACAGGGCGCGGGUAGCACCGUCAACCUCCGAAACAACCCCGGCAGGCGAAAGUGUUGUGGUGGGGCCGACACGGACACCGUGGCACGGCCCCAGGCUAGACGCAGUUUAUCAGCUCCCAGGGGAACCAGCUACCCAUCUGUGUCAUUUCCAUCUUGAUGAUUUGGUAGGAAGUCAGUCACCUGAAUAAAUUUUUCUACUUUCAAGGAAUUUGCGUACAACCGGUUGAUGAAGAAAAUUGUACAUAAUCUUAAGAGUUGUACUGGGGAGAUGAACUACCGGCACAUAUAAUUUUAAUGUGUAAGGACAUACGUUUUAUAUUUCUUUUCAAACUGAUGUCUUAAAAAAAAAAAAAAAAGCUUAAUAUUGAUAAUUUAUGGUAAACAUUAUCAAUAAAAUUAUUUUAAAAAGCCAAUGACACCAACAACAAAAUAGUGUCAGAUCUGAAAAAAUAACUAAGCUUCAAGUUGGCAUGUGUAAUUCUUUACUAAUGUAAGAGACAUUAACAGAAGCCUUACCCUGAAAGUGGGGAAACUUUCAGAUCAUUAUGCAAGAUUCUUAAUUCAAUGUCUUGUGUCCAGCCCUUUAUCAGAACAUUCCAUACUGCAUGCCUCUGAGAUAACUGUUUCCCCAUCGAAGCUUUUGUGAUACAUUUAUGUAUAUAUUAUCAUGUAUAUCAACAUUGUCAUGUUAUUUUUAAAACACAAAAAAAAAAACUUGGCCAGAUAAUUUGUGUUGAUGACUACCCGUUCUGCUUAUUUUUAAUUUUUUAUUAGAAGCCUGAAUAUUUAUUGUUAGUGCACAUUAAUUCAUCUGUAACAAUAAUAAAAAUCUCUUACUUUCUACUUGAACAACUUUAACAGAAACCAAACUGCAUUUUUUUAGUUUUGAUAGCUAAAAUGUGCUUUCUUAAUUAUUUGCUGGCAAUUAAUUCAUUAUUUUGAAAAAAAUAAAUACCUGUAAGAUGCAGCCAAUUAACGAAAUUUAACAAAAUGCAUUGACUUGAAGUUUAUUUUAAAUCAAAUUACUCCAAAUAAUAUAUCUGUAUUCCUGUUUUUAAAUGUGCAUUCAAAUAAUACAAAUAGAAAACAUGUUACUUUUGGAGGAAGAACAAUGGUGUGGGAUAUUUAUAAAUAUAUAAUUUCACAGAAUUAUCUAAUUGGUGUAGUUGAUGCACUGCGCUUGUAGAGAUAUAUGUUAUUUCUCGAGGAUAACCAUAUUCUUUGAGAUAUUCAAACUGAUGAACAAAGAAACGGUCUGAUUUGCUGUAUCUUAUCUAUUGUUGAACAUCUGCUCUAUGAAUUGAUAUUGCAUACAAUGUUUUCACCUGCCUGCAUCAAUUUUUUUUAGUUUAACAUUGCAAGAAAAUAAAAAAUGAAGGCAGUAGUGCCAGUAAUCAUUCUAGCAAAAAAUUCUACCACCACCCGCCCCACAAAAACGAAUGUUUACACCAUGUUCAAAAUAUAAAAAAAAUCAUCCUUAAAACUAUUUAUCACUGAUUUAAUUUGUUUUUGAAUCCAGAAUUUUUAUGCAAUUUUGUUUUAAGAAUCGACACAUGAUGAUUUAGUUGCAUGGAUUGAGUUUUAACUCAGCCUGAUUGUAAGACACAAUCAUCCCCACCUGGCCUGUAGAGUCACAGUUAUGAGAUCAGCUUCUUAGUAUUGGUAGAAAAUUCUUAUCAUCCACUUUUCUUUGACAAGAAUAUUCUUUUAACCAUAUUUUAUUUACCAUGGUAAAAAAAUAAUACUAUUGCUUCCAUCUGACUCCUCUGCUAUGUGGCUCUACUACUUAUCUGACUCCUACAAUCUGACUACUGCUUCCUGAUUCUACUACUAACUGACUACUGAUAUCUGACUCUGCUACUAUCUGAAUUCUGCUAUCUGACUCAACUACUAUCUGAUUCUUCUACUAUCUGAGUCCACUACUAUCUGACUAUUGCUGUCUGAUUCUUCUAAUAUCUGACUCAACUUCCCUGAUUUAAACAAUUUAAUUAUUUAUAUUUACAGAUUGAAAUUAUUGACAUAUGUUUGAAUUAUGAAAAGUCUCAUUUCUUUUUUAAAUUUGGCAUCAAAAUUAUUUCUGUGUUUGUAUUUAAUAAUUUUUUUCAGUUUUUUGUGCCACUUAGACUUAAACAAGUGCC